GCCACUGCGCCUGCGCCUGCGCGCGUCCGCGGAGUCCUUGAGGGCCGCGGCGGUACCGCAGACAUGCAGCGCUGGGGCCGCGUCUCCUGCGCGCUCGCUCGGAGAAGCCGUUUUGAUCGGGUUCAUCAUGGUCUCCAGGGAAUUUGUGCAGUGUCACAAAGAUCCUAUGCUGAUCAAGUUGAUGCCGAUGUCACGGUUAUCGGCUCUGGUCCUGGAGGGUAUGUUGCUGCUAUCAAAGCAGCUCAGCUUGGGUUUAAGACCGUGUGUGUAGAAAAAAAUGCAACAUUAGGUGGAACCUGUUUGAAUGUUGGAUGUAUUCCAUCCAAGGCCUUGCUGAACAACUCACAUCUGUAUCACUUGGCCCAUGGAAAAGAUUUCGCUAAUAGAGGAAUUGAAAUUUCAGGAAUCCGUUUGAAUCUAGAGAAGAUGAUGGAACAGAAGAGUAGUGCAGUGAAGGCAUUAACAGGUGGAAUUGCUCAUUUAUUUAAGCAAAACAAGGUUGUACAUGUAUCUGGGUUUGGAAAAAUAACUGGCAAAAACCAAGUCACUGCAACUAAAGAAGAUGGCAGCACACAGGUUAUCAAUACAAAGAACAUACUUAUAGCCACAGGCUCAGAAGUUGCUCCCUUCCCAGGAAUUACUAUUGAUGAAGAUAAUAUCGUGUCAUCCACUGGUGCGCUGUCACUGAAAAAAGUUCCUGAAAAGAUGGUUGUCAUUGGUGCAGGAGUCAUUGGUGUGGAACUGGGGUCAGUUUGGCAGCGCCUUGGUGCAGAUGUCACGGCAGUUGAGUUCAUGGGCCACGUUGGUGGAAUGGGAAUUGACAUGGAGAUCUCUAAAAAUUUCCAACGUAUUCUUCAAAAGCAGGGAUUUAAGUUUAAACUGAAUACCAAAGUUACUGGUGCUACCAAGAGACCAGAUGGAAAAAUCGAUGUAGCUGUUGAAGCUGCUGCUGGUGGCAAGGCAGAAGUAAUAACUUGUGAUGUGCUCCUAGUUUGCAUCGGUAGGCGUCCUUUUACAAAAAAUCUGGGUCUUGAGGAUCUUGGAAUUGAACUUGAUAAGAGGGGGAGAAUCCCAGUCAAUAACAGAUUCCAAACCAAAAUUCCAAACAUCUAUGCUAUUGGUGAUGUAGUUGCUGGACCUAUGCUGGCCCACAAAGCUGAGGAUGAAGGCAUUCUUUGUGUAGAAGGCAUGGCUGGGGGAGCGGUUCACAUUGACUACAACUGUGUUCCCUCUGUGAUAUACACUCACCCUGAAGUGGCCUGGGUUGGCAAAUCAGAAGAACAGCUGAAAGAAGAGGGUGUAGAAUACAAAAUUGGGAAAUUUCCAUUUGCUGCAAACAGUAGAGCAAAGACAAAUGCUGACACAGAUGGCAUGGUGAAGAUACUUAGUCAAAAAUCAACAGACAGGAUGUUGGGUGCUCACAUUUUAGGCUCAGGUGCUGGUGAAAUGGUCAAUGAAGCUGCCCUUGCUAUGGAAUAUGGAGCAUCAUGUGAAGAUGUAGCCAGAGUUUGCCAUGCCCAUCCAACAGUGUCAGAAGCCUUCAGGGAAGCAAACCUGGCAGCGUCCUUUGGCAAAGCUAUCAACUUCUAAAAUGGAAGAGCAGAUCUUUGUACGUGUAUAAUACAUCUCUGAAAACGGACUGUGGGCCCUUAUGGAAGGUUGAGUCUGAGGAUUUUAGGACCGAAAUAAGUGAAUCUCUUAAUUUUAAACAUCAAAUAUUUAAACAAGUAGAGUUUGGAACAAGUGGAAUUAUCCAGUCUCUGUAAAGUAAAUACUUAAAAUUACAUGUUUAUUUACAUAAUGAAUGUUGCAGAAAAGCAGCCUGACAGAACUCACUUUUUCAAACCAAAUAUUUUGCUGCUGCAUGGGAUUAUCAGGUGUGCUGGUCAGAACUCUGGGUAACUGUCCAGCAUACCUUAUGUUUUCUUAUUUGAAGUAGUGAUACAAUAAACCAGUUGAAUGCUGGCACUUGUAAUGCCACUGGCACUUAAAAUGCCACUGUCAUUUCCGCACAAAAAUGUGGUUCCUUCUGAAAGGAUUAACUUUAGUAUUUAACCUACUUCCUAUAUAUGAGUACCAAAACUUGUUUUGACCUAGUAGUGUUAGGAUGUUGGGAGAAGAGGGGCUCAUAUAGGUCAAUUAAAAUUAUAUUGACUUUUUAAAGAGAAAAUUACUUUUGUGUGUGAUUCUCCAGACGUCAUGUUUUCAUAUUGAAAACUCAAAGGGGAAAAAUCGAGUGCUGAUUGAGAAAUGAAGGAUUGAAGACAAAUUCAUCAUACUGCAACCUAGUCUUUUUUGUUCUUAAAGCAUCCACUGUCCAACUCUCUUAAACUUGAAAUGCUAACACUGGGUAGUGCAGCAGCGCUUCCUCUGAAGUGCUGUGACACGAGGGUAUUCUGCACCUUCCACACGUAAGGGCUGCAGUGUCAGCUCUCCACACAAUUAGGACAUACAUUCUUCUCUUCUGUUUUCUAUUUCGUUCUCUCUUUCUGUCUCUUCUGUAGCAAGAGAGCUUAAUAAAUAUUUGACAUGGCUGGAGGGUCUUCUUUGGUUUUGUUUACUGAUUGUAUCCUAUUAGUGUCUAGGUUGUUAAAUGUGAAGAAACUCACAAACAAAUGGCAUUUUGGAAGAUCCUUAAUCUAUAUAGGGAACAUGCUCAAUUCCAGUAGCUCAUUUUAAAGUUUUCCAGGGUGCCGCUUCUUUUUUUUGUUAGGCUCUUCUGCCUUGAAGAAAACCUUAAUAUCUGCUGGUAUUGUGCAUGUCCUGUUUAAUUAUGCCAGUGGAAUGAGAAGUGUACCUUCAGAAAAUGGUGCAACAGCUACUUGGUUUUAUGUAGACAAGAUAGUUACAUCUUUCUACCUUCUUUAUAGCUUCUUAUUCAAGUAUUGAUCCAUUAUCUGGAGUGAUGGAAAUGUGUGCCAGCAUUACCAUUUUGUUAAGAUACCAGUUCAUCAACAAAACACCAGUGAUACUCUUCUUUAUUGUGGUAAUUUUUUAAAAUGUAGAUGGGGUUAAACCGUGACAGCUCACUAAGCUGAUCACCAGCUGAUUCAUGGAUAUGCUGGGUUAGUGAGUUAAUGUGGAUCUGUUUUCAGGUGGCAGUAGGAAGCUGCUGAAGGGAAAGCAAAGGUGAGACAACAGUGAGGGAAGAAAAGCUUGAUUCUUCCAAAAGAUCUUGGCAUUUCAGAAUCACUUCUACCUGCUACAGGUAGAUGUUAAGUGUUAAUCGUGUGCUUUGCAACUUCUUCUACAAGCCCUGCUCUUUCAGAAAGAGCUUUGUGGCCACUCCCUCCACCUCCCUGAAUACUUGUAGCAGUCUUACUGCAGUUCAUACCUGAGGUUCACCAGUUACAAAUCCUUGUAUCUCAUUUUGUUCAUGUUAAAUGAAGUCUGGAAAGUCAUGGAAACUUUUAAUCAAGAAUACUGCUAAGACUAUACUGAAGACUAUAUUUUUCCAGACACUUAAAAAUAAAAUUCAAGGCCUUAAAAUUUGUUAGUUACUUCUCUCACUGUCAUUCCCAUUCUAGUUGUGUACAAAGAGUGUUUGUAAAAGUAAGAGGGUCUACUGAGCCACCUGUCAGUGGUCUGAUGGCUGUUAGAACCUGAGUGUUGCAAAGUUGGCAAACUUUUCAACAGCUGCUAAGUGUACUGGCAGUGAACUGUAUGAUGCUGGUAUGGUAAUCAAUUCCUAUAACGGAUUUUUUUGUUGUAGCAUUUGUAACCGAUGAAGCUUAGGGAUAAUAAUUUAUUUAAACAUCAGUUUGCUUAGUAAGUGAUGUAUCUUUCCAUAGUUGUCCUGGCUUUCAGUGCUGUUUAGCGAAGGUUAGGUAAAGUGCCAGUCAAAGUAUGUACAAAGAUACAAUCCUCGGGUCAGAGUUAGCAGUCAGGAUGUGCACAUUGCACUUUUUGGUGCUUUGUGUAGCUGAUGGAUGUUGUAAAUCAGUUUGUGCCAUCCUGUGUGUUUGUCUGAAGGUGCAUUGUUGUACAGAUCACUUUAAGUAUGGUGAACCGGAUGCUACUCUUGCACUUCUUAAAAGUCUUACUACUUGUGUUAAGUACAGGCUGUUCUUAGAGAUCUGUCUGCAUACAGCUUCUUAACUGGUUCACACUAAGUGCCCUGUGAACUUUUGUAGUUCCUUUCCAGACAGGAUUAAUAUUCCAGGCUUGGUUUGUCACAUAAAUUUGGUGCAUUCACCCCUUCAGUACUGACCUCUUCAGUUUCCACUUCGCAUAUCAAGUGUUCCUUAAUCAGUGACAUGAAACUAGUGUCAAGCCUAAACGGAUAUCAUGCAGAGGGUAAAUAAUCCUUUCGGAGUACUGUGCUGUAACUAGCUAACCACACAUGGAUGGUAUUUCUUCAUAUACUGGUAAUUUGGUCUAAGUCACCAUCCUAUAUUUCACAGUAAUAGGAGCCCUUAUUUAGAAUUACAUAGUUCAAGCCACUAUUUUAUUAGAUCUCUAAGCAGUUUAAAAACAAGACUUGCUAAAGAUUUAACUGAUGUACCAUUGCAGCGACUGAAAAUAGGAAGGAACUUAAUGAGUCAUACUAGGUACAUAGAGAGAUACAAAAGUACUGUUUAUUUUCAACAUCAAAAAGUUAUUUGUCUUUGGUUCUGUGACUUUAAAGUCAAUAUAAAACCUAUUCACCUUAUCAGGUCUGAGUGUAAUGUCAAAAAGAACUAGUAUAAUACUUGUAAAACCCAUCCUGAACACAAGCAUUUCCCACUCCCAUUUAUAAGCAAGUGCUGUAAACAGCAACUUUUUGGCUGAUUGUCUGUAAGAGGGAGCGAACUGUCUCUUCCAGCUCCACCAGCUGCUUUGCUUUGUCUUCCAGAACUUUUUGAUUGUUUUCAUAUGUAUUUUCCAGAUCUGUAAGCAAAGGAAAGGAAAAACCAGCUUAAUUUGGGGUGUUUUAAUGCAGUGACAUUUAAAUUGCUCUAGUUAUGGCUGAAGGCUGAAGUACUAUUCAUAUUUAUUUUUAUUCUGCAAGAUAAUCUGAUUGGGGGGGAGGGGGAAGGCAAAGGCUGGAAUGGCACCUUUUUGUUUCCUUAACAUUGGGAUGUAAAGCAACAAGGAAGUUAUUUUCCAGAGGUGGAAAUUCAAAAGUAUACCUUGAUUCAUGGUGAAAAUAAUUGUCAUUCUUUGCUCUAUGGUGGCUUUUACAGAACAGUGGUAUGUUUUGGCUUCUGGUGAUUAAGACUAUUCAGCAAGUCACUGAAACUGUGCAGGAAUAGCUAAGAGGGGAAGAAUGAGUUCCUGGCCUGGCAAAACUAGAAGGAAAACCUAGUUCCCCUCCCUGGUAGCAUCCCAGGGCAGAUGGCCUCCUCCUGUUUCACUCAACCUUAACUGUCAACAGUAAAUGUUAAAUUAAUCUGUAAACAGGAACUUGUGUCCUGAUUAGCUUUUGUUUUUACAGCUUUCCAGGGUGGUGGGAGGGCAGUACUGCUUGAAGAUGGGGGUCUUGCUUGAACAGGUUAGUCAUCACCUAAGCACAGUAGUUACCUUCCUUCCCUGUAGUGGUUUCUGGGAGCAGUGAUGGGUGCCAUACCAUAAGUUUGUCUCACCUAUAAGUUUCAGCUUCUUUUAUAGAAGUCUCUGAUUCAAAAAACUGUAUUGUGCCCAUAAAAAUAAGGAAAGGAGAUCAAGCCUCAGUAACAAUUAAGUUCCUUUCCCCCCCUCUCUUCUGAUGAAUACAAUAACAGUGUGAAAUUUCUUCAUGUGCUUAGGUGCCAACUUACCUCCUCAGAACAGCCUUACCUUUGAGCAGCUGGAGUUUGCUGUUUGCUUGAGCCAGCAAGGCUUUAGCUUCAUCUUGCAACAUGCCGGCUUUCCUCCUGGCAUCGGCCGACUCCUCAGUCUUCUUGGCAAUGAGUUCUUCCACGGUUCUGUACUUGCCGCUCAGCUCCGUGUUGAGGACCUGUUCCAAAUUCAAGCACAAGAUGGAGCUCACGCGACAGCCAAUACAGUGGGAGUUGGCAUUUCCUCCUCUACCCUUACUAAUCUGGGUGGAAGGAGAGACUAUGCUGUUAGCUCAGUUAACAAAAGCAGGAACAGUUUCAGGGUAUUUCCUGCUUACUAUUCAAGACUUUAAGGGCUGGGGUGAAGACUCAUAAGUUGCUCUUUUGCAGAUCUGUGGCUGUUUUAUAGCUUCAGUACUGUCACUUGGCAGGGAUUUAUGGGAUUAAUUUACACAGUUCUGUAACUAAUUAGUUACACACUUCUGUAACUAAUGUACAGCUGGAAAGCUACACAUGGUAAGGAACUGGCACUGUUUUGGAUUGAAUGCUUGCAUUUGGGGAGGAGUACUCUUGUUACCCUUUCUGUAAUGAGACAGCUGACUAGUUUGUGCAGGUGAAGGUGCUGGAGAAGUCACAAGGUUGGUUUCUCAGCUGUGCUUUUCUCUGUGGGGUUAAGAUUGAGAAGUCCAAUGGAAUUCAAUCGUUAAGCAAGUUAACAAACUGCAGCAGUACUAAUGGAAGUAUCUUGUGUUUACUUGACAGCAUCUGAGAUAUUACUUAGUGUUUGGAUACUGUUGAUUUGAUGGAUAAUACAGCUCUCCUGGCAGAAAAUGUCUCUCUGGAGACUGAUGGGCUAACUACAGACAAGAGAUAAGAGUAAUGAAACUUCCUUUGGCAAAUUGGUCAAUUGUUUUGUUAAUGAGCAUUCUUUUGCUAUUACAAAGGUGUUUAGCAGACAUUGGGAGCAAUGCCACCUGGUCAGAGAAAAAAAUCUUGCAUCUCUGAUAUUUAAAAAUUACUUUGGUUUUAUAAUAAGGUCAUGAUUUUUCUUGUUGCUUGAUUCCAUGUAUGCCAAAUUCUGGGUUCCUUGUCCUGAAGCUGUCAUUGUCAUAGAACCAUAAAUACUCUACACAAGUGAAAAAAAGAAAGUACCAGGUCUCCUAUGGCAGAUAGUAAAGCUGAGGGCCAGAAACAUAUCUGUAAAAGGCUGACAGUGUGACAGGUUUCCUGCAGCUAUUUUGGAACCUGAAAACUUCCCAAUACUUCUCUCUCUGUAUUUGGACCCAAGUAAAAAGCAGCUAUCUUGGA